GCCGAGGGGCGGCCGCUCCGCCGGGCAGCGCGGGCGGGGGGACAGCGGUGACGGAAGGCAGCAGCUGGGGGACGGCAGCGGCUGGGAGAUUUCCCCCCCCCCCCCCCCCCCCUCCCGCCCCCGCCCCGGCCGGAGGAAGAUGGAGCUGGGUUAGUGAGGGCUUGCGGGAGGAGCAGCGGCGGCAGGCACGUGACACUCCAGAGCUUCAAAAUCAGAAGUAAAAUCAGCUGGACAGUUGUCUCCUGCCUUCCUAAAUAGGUAAACAUACUAAAAACAGAAACAGAGGCUUGUCUACCUCAUUCCUGAAGAAAGUGGGAAUACUGGUGUGGUUGCCUGCAUCAUUUGCUUGACCAAAAUGAGAUAGGGCAUGCAGGAGAGAAAGGAUAUUUUGGCAAGUAGAAGCUACCAUGAUUUCUCAGGGGACACAAUUUUGCUUAUUCAUACCUUCUACUGUGGCAAAAAUGGAUUAUUUUCCUCACCAAAAACCAGCAGCAUAACACCCAUCCAACACUUGCCUCAAGGAAAUCUUAUUUAAAGUCUGUUCAAAUUUAUUUCUCUGUAGCUGUGUUACAAGCAAGAGCCAGUAUCACCUGUUCCUGGUAGGAAACCUCCAUGCUCAUCCUUACCCUUGGCACCUGGCAAAGUUGCAGCUGAGCCUGUGAGGAGGAAUUAACAGGAAAGGUCUAAUUCAUGUUUAAAGAUGGAUGCCUUCUAGCCAACCGGCGAGUCCUGCUGCUGCUGCGUGCCUGGCAGCAUCUCUGGAUGAUCACAUGACUCUUGAUAUGGAUGCAGUCCUGUCAGACUUUGUUCGGUCCACAGGGGCAGAACCAGGUCUGGCAAGAGACUUACUGGAAGGCAAAAACUGGGACCUGACAGCCGCUUUGAGUGACUAUGAGCAGCUCCGGCAGGUGCACACCGCCAACCUGCCGCAGGUGUUUAACGAGGGCAAGCACUGCAAGCAGCCAGAGCCAGAGCAGCCCCCUCAGGUGACAAAGGCCGAGCGGCCCUGCCUGCAGAGGCAGGAUGACAUUGCUCAAGAGAAGCGGCUUUCCAGAGGCAUUUCCCACGCCAGCUCAGCCAUAGUCUCUCUUGCUCGAUCACAUGUAGCAAACGAGUGCAGCAAUGAACAGUUCCCUUUGGAGAUGCCCAUCUACACAUUCCAGCUACCAGACCUUAGCGUGUACAGUGAAGAUUUCAGAAGCUUCAUUGAACGUGACUUAAUUGAGCAGGCUACAAUGGUUGCUUUGGAGCAAGCAGGGCGAUUAAAUUGGUGGUCCACAGUGUGUACAAGCUGCAAACGUCUUCUUCCCUUGGCGACAACAGGUGAUGGAAACUGCCUCUUGCAUGCUGCCUCUUUAGGGAUGUGGGGUUUUCAUGACCGGGACCUUGUUUUACGGAAAGCACUCUACACUAUGAUGAGAAGUGGAGCUGAAAGGGAAGCCCUGAAAAGAAGAUGGAGAUGGCAACAGACCCAGCAAAAUAAGGAGUCAGGUUUAGUGUAUACAGAAGAAGAAUGGGAACGGGAGUGGAAUGAACUGCUUAAGCUGGCAUCAAGUGAACCUCGCACACAUUUCAGCAAAAAUGGAGGCACUGGUGGUGGAGUUGAUAACUCAGAAGAUCCAGUGUAUGAGAGCUUAGAAGAGUUCCACGUUUUUGUCUUAGCCCAUAUUUUAAGAAGACCUAUUGUUGUAGUAGCAGACACAAUGUUACGAGACUCGGGGGGAGAAGCAUUUGCUCCUAUACCAUUUGGAGGAAUUUAUUUGCCACUUGAAGUUCUACCUAACAGAUGUCAUUGCUCACCUCUUGUUCUAGCCUACGAUCAGGCACAUUUCUCUGCUCUUGUUUCCAUGGAACAAAAAGAUCAACAGAGAGAACAAGCGGUGAUCCCCCUGACUGACUCUGAACACAAGCUACUGCCUUUGCACUUUGCGGUCGAUCCUGGGAAAGACUGGGAGUGGGGAAAAGAUGACAAUGAUAACACCAGACUGGCCAAUUUGAUUCUGUCUCUUGAGGCAAAGCUUAAUCUUCUGCACAGCUAUAUGAAUGUAACAUGGAUACGCAUACCAUCUGAGACACGGCAGGCCCCUUUGGCUCAACCAGAAUCCCCUACAGCUUCAGCUGGGGAAGAUGUUCAGUCUCUGGCUGACUCAAUGGACUCAGACCGAGAUUCCAUCUGUAGUAAUUCCAACGGCAAUAAUGGCAAAAACGGUAAAGAAAAAGAAAAGGACAAACAGAGGAAGGAUAAAGACAAAAACAGGACGGAUUCAGUUGCCAAUAAAAUAGGAAGCCUCAGUAAAAGCCUGGGAAUUAAACUGAAAAAGAAUAUGGGUGGUCUUGGAGGCCUGGUGCAUGGCAAAAUGAGCAGGGCAAAUUCAGGGAAUGGGAAAAAUGGUGACACCGUAGAGAAAGUCAAAGAGAAAAAGUCUAAGUCUCGAAAAGGGAGCAAAGAGGAAUCUGGACAGUCUGCAAGCACUUCUCCAUCUGAAAAGACCACUCCAUCUCCUACUGACAGAGCUAGCAACUCACCCAUUGAAAAGAUGAACACUAAAUCUUUCUCCGACAAGCAGUCUGACCCAUGGAAGUACAGCACUGAUGUGAAACUCAGCCUCAAUAUUUUGAGAGCUGCCAUGCAGGGUGAACGGAAGUUUAUUUUUGCUGGCCUUCUUUUGACCAGCCACAGGCAUCAGUUCCACGAGGAGAUGAUAGGUUAUUACCUGACCAGCGCACAGGAGCGUUUCAACGCAGAGCAGGAACAGAAAAGAAAGGAUGCUGAGAAAAAGGCUGCACUGAAUGGGUCAUCUAACAAGAAACUGGAGCCAGAAGCAUAUUCAAAAGAGAAGUUAGAAGCAUCUCCUCAGGAUAGGGCAUCACCCGUCUUGCCUCAAAGCCAUACAACUCAACUGGUUUUAAAAUUUAAAGAUCGCACUAGUCCCACUCCUGGGUCAUUUUCUUCACCUAGUAACGGUGCUAAGAGAAGCGGCCCCAUCCCAGUCUCUGCCCACUAUAGCCAUACACCACCUGUUCAAAGGCAAAGUGUCAUCCAUUUGCAUGAUGUCAACUCCAAGCCAUCGAGCUUCCAAGAUGAUACCUACAAGCCAGUGGUUGGCACCUUAAAAACCUGUGCCACGUACCCCCAGCAGAACAGAUCCCUGUCUUCUCAAAGCUACAGCCCAGCCCGGAUAUCUGGAAUCCGUACGGUGAACACAGUGGAAUCGCUGAGCUAUGCCAUGCCUACUGAACACAAGUCUCAGACGUACACAAAUGGAUUCAAUACCGGCGAUAUUAGAGACUGCUUAGAAUAUGCUGAUGAGGAUGCUCCUCAGACCUGGUUGAACAAUGAUAAAAAUCAAGGCAGAAGCACAGUUUGCCCAAUAUAUCCCAUCCAGCAGAACCGCUGUAAGAAGGAUAACUGUUCCUUUUAUGGUCGUCCUGAGACUGAAAAUUACUGUUCAUACUGCUACAAAGAAGAGUUGAAGCGCAGGGAGAGAGAAAGCAAGGGACACAGGCAUUGAGAAUUCUUCUGUGACUAUUUAGUUUUAUCAUUUUCUUACUUACAAAGUAAACAGUGUUGAAUUGCAGUAAAAGGAAUCCUUACAAAAAGAAUAAAGGAUUGAUGAGUAAAUUAGUGUCUAGCUUUUCGCUUUUCCGGGGCAAUGAGGAAAUAAUAGGAUUAAUUUAUCAUAAAUAUAUAUAUAUAUUAUUUUCCA